CUCACAUCUCACAUUUUCGCGUUACAGAUCAGCUCCGCUGCCGUUGAAUUUCCCCCUACCUCAGGCCACUCAGGCCUCAUCGAAUGUCUGCAUCUUGCCACUUCCCCUGCCAUCUGUGUUCCAGUCCGCAGUAAUAGCGCCAGCAGCGAGCCGGACUCUGCGCAACAGCUUUGCGCCCAGCAAUCAAUGACGGAGAAAAGUGCAGCGCGACCGGGUACAGGCCCAGACCACCAACCCAGCAAUGGGACAACCGAGAAACCACGGCCGGACAUGACGGAGGAAGACUGGAAUGCGAGGGAAAUAAAUGCGAAGGAUAACUCGCAGGGCUCGCCGGCCCUCAAGCCUGAAGGUGCUGCCGCGGGGGCUCACUCCAGCCCCAAGAAACGUCGCAAGGUCAAUCAUGACCACGUUGCUAAUUGGGGUGCCACGUUUGCAGCAUGCGUUUACUGUCGGCGAUCGCAUAUGACUUGUGACUCGGAGCGACCCUGCACGCGAUGUAUAAAGCGCAAUAUUGGCCAUCUGUGCCAUGAUGAACCGAGGGAACCUUCGAAACGCUCGCGGAGUGAAAACGACCAUUCGGCGGCAGAUGACGAGGGAUCUUCAAACAAUGAGUACCCGAAUAUCCAAGGAAUGCCCAGAAACGUCGAUGUCCAAGAUGCUGCUGGUCAGCAAAUCCUCCCCGAUGAACCCACCGGUCUGCCGACCACCUCUGUGACCUCGGUGCAACAGCCUAGCAACAUCUCUUCUUCUGGUCAAAACCUCGUCGCCAACACACAGCAACUCCUUGGUUACAACGAGUGGCUUGGCGGGCAGAGUCAGUUCCAAGACAUGCACACGUUCCACCCUUCCUAUAUGUUCAACGCGCCAGAGGUUACCAACGAGUACAAUCUUCUUGGUGAUUUCCUCAGCAGCAGUCUUCUCGACGAUGGGGCCGCGUUUCAGAACGAUGAUCUACAGGGAAUAUACUCUGACCCAGCGUUGAUGAACUCCAUGUCUACGUUGGGAGGCCCGAAUGCCUCACUGAUCCAGCAGUCGCAAAUCUCACCGUCUCAGCCAAGUCAACAGCCCCAGGGCGAUCCCAUUCAAGGUCCUGUCCCAACGGUGGGCAACGACAAGGCAAGAGAGACGUAUUACAUGACCGCAGCAGACCCCUCUGGGUCUGACCCUCCAGAAGAGCGGAUGAACAAGCUCCUCAAAGCCAAAUAUGAUGCUGGUCUCCUCCGGCCGUUCAAUUACGUCAAGGGAUACGCCAGACUGAACCAAUACAUGGAAAGGCACCUGCAGCAAGCGUCGCGACAGAAGAUCCUUCGGCAACUGGACAAGUUCCGGCCUAAGUUCCGGGAGAGAAUGCAAAGCUUGACCGAUAUCGAACUCAUCCUCGUGGAGAUGUGGUUCGAACGAAGCUUGAUGGAGUAUGACCGGGUGUUCGCAAGUAUGGCCAUUCCUGCUUGCUGUUGGAGACGAACGGGCGAGAUAUUCCGUGGCAACAAGGAAAUGGCAGAACUGAUCGGUGUCCCGAUUGAAACAUUGAGAGACGGAAAGCUUGCCAUCCAUGAGAUUAUCGUGGAGGAUCAACUUGUGAGCUACUGGGAAAAAUUUGGGGCCAUUGCUUUCGAUAGUACACAGAAGGCGAUGCUCACAAGCUGCACUCUCAAGAACCCCAACUCCAACUCACCUGGGGAUGGGAUUCCUUGUUGCUUCUCAUUCACCAUUCGGAGAGAUAACCAUAACAUUCCAUCUCUUAUCAUUGGAAACUUUCUGCCAUCGCAGCGGAAGGCCAAAUGAUGACCAAAGCCACGGAUUAACGAUCUAUCAGUCAUUCUUAGCAACAUAGGCCUAUGCUUUUCUUUUUUUCUUUUUUUUCUCUUUUUCUGCUUCAUCCUUCUUUUACCCGCUGAAGGAGUCACUCUUCAUACCCUUUCUGUCAUCUAAGUAUAUGAGCUACUCAAAAAUGUACCAUAACAUGUUCAAGGAUCAAAAUAUUUUCGG